AUGCAUCCUCCGUCUUCAAAGGGAACACAGAGUCGUCGUCGUUGGAUACAGUUCGCAUUCGUGGCCUUCUGCCUCUUCGCCCUCGAUAUGUCCGGGUUGUGGGGGUGGCUAUGGCCCUUUUCAAACAGCCCACCGGAUCUGUCAUCGGCCUCAAUAACGGUAGGGGAUACGCUCCUCGAAAAGCUACGCAAGGAGUACAACUACCCGGGCCUCGCCGCCGCUUCCAGCAGACAUGGCGACUUUUCCUCUGCGGUUACUGGUCUGAGGCGGAUAGGGGCCUCGCUCAAGAUCACCAAGGACGAUCAAUUUCAUCUGGCGUCAAACACCAAGGCGAUGACGGCCACUACCUUUGCAAUUCUGGUUCAAGCUGGACAUUUGCGGUGGGAUUCCACACUGGAGGAAGCCAUUCCCUCUCUCGCUGAUUCUAUGGCCGAGGAGCACAAGAGCACCACGAUCAAGAUGUUGACGUCGCAUCGAUCAGGCCUCGAUAUUGACUGGGCUGCCGAUACCCCGUUCUAUGAGUCCUUGUACAGGCCCGACAUAUCCCCGAAGCAGGGUCGAUGGUUGAUGGUCCAGAAAGCAUUGACCCAAUCUCCAGCGAGAACCAAGGGCAAAUUUUGUUACGACAACACCAACUAUUUGAUCACUGCCGCCAUCAUAGAGUUGAUCACCGGAAGUACCUGGGAAGACUUUGUCCAGACUCGAAUUUUCGAGCCUCUGGGCAUGCAACACACAGGGUUUGGGCCCAACGAUGAGACCAACGUCACUUCCAUCUGCAAUCCCUGGCCACACCGGUGGGUGUCGGAGCCGUAUGGAGCGGCGGAACCUGUUUCAGACGUCGACUUUGACCACCGCGACAAACCGCCGGCUUUCAACCCAGCCGCGCGGGUUCAUGCGCCGAUGGCACAGUACAACAAGUUCCUGCAGGCUCACAUCGAUGGAGUCAACGGGUUAGACACGCCUCUCGGGCUGUCUCAGGAGAUGUUCAAAUUCCUGCACACGCCCUACGCAGACGACGACAUCUACACGCCCGGUGGGUGGCAUUGUCAACGGCGGAACCCAGACGGCUCCGUCUACAGCAUUUCGCACCCGGGGAGCAACAGGUACAACUACGUGGUCGCGUACGCUGUCAUUGGGAACGGUGGUGGUGGUGGUGGUGGUGAAGAGGACCGCGAGGGAACGUACAUGGUCAUGACCAACAUCGGUGGACUGGGCGUUGGCGACGGGUUGCGCAAGAUCGCCGAUGAUCUGAUAGACGGACGUCUCACGCUUUUUUCCCACGGUUGA